CACAACAACAACAUUGCCACACAGCAACCAAUAGCGAAUUGAUUGCCCGCCAUUUUUCACUUCCAAUAUUCACUCGCACUCUAGUCUGAAAUGUGUCAUCCACAAACUAUUCAAUAUCAAACCAUCGAAUGUGCUUCACCAAGUUUACAUUUUGUGAAUCCAAAGAUAAUGUUUGCUAGUACUCCUGUUUCAAAAAGAGUUGUUCAACCUCCAGAACAAUUUGCAAUUUAUAAGAGAGCUAAGGAGGAAUUGAGAAGAGAUACACAUAAUCAACUUUUAAUGGAACAAGCUUCUGGACAAUCAUAUAAGAAUGUUUGUCGUAAGCUUGUUUUUGAUAAUAUGGAUGAUGAUGAUGUCACAAUUACAUCACCAUCUAACUUUCAAAUCCAUACUCCAAAGUUGUUUGGUCAACCAUAAUUUUCCUUCUAACAUCUACCCCCUACCUACCCUGUAAAUUAUUCCCUCAAUUUUGAAGUAUUUAUUUCUCUAGGCAUGCAACUGAGUAACUUGUAAAUAUCUGAAUGACAUUUUGGUAAUAAACAUUAAAGUCAAUUUUCACCAUUCAACACAUAAAAA